AUGGCUGCUCCUGCCAGAAUCGCCUUCUUUAAGGCAAUUGCAGCUUCCAGGUCGUCAGGCGCCGGGGCUUCCCAGUCGGCGCUGGAUGCUGGAGCUUCGGGGCUGCCCGAUGCUGGAGAACAGCGCCGCGGCUGUGGUUUGGGCAAAUUCUUCGCGCUGGCUGCACGAACGCAAGAGCGCGCAGAAGACAGUCCAGGCGAACAGCCUGACACGCUUACACAACGCAAAGCCUUGACUGCCAAGUUGAUCCAGAACCAAGCUGCUCAGUUCACCAUCAACCAGCCACAGCCCAAUCAGAGGAAGAAGCGCUAUAACAAUGCAAGAAGAGCCAGCCAAAAGAAAGCGCGGGCAGCAAGGAAAGAUUUCAAGGCGUCCAGGGGAUGUUCCGCAAGAGCCAUCAUGGAUGAGCUGGUCCAGCUGCUGAGCUUGUUUGCAAGCCAGCGCAAGGUCUGCCCUAACCAGAAAGGACUUGGCGAGACGCUCCCCCACAAGUUUCACGGCAAGUGGAUGAAGCGCAAAGCGCAACGGUACACGCUGAUGGGUCAGCCAGACAGCUCUGGCUCUGAGUCUGACAGUGGCCCCCCUCCCGAUCCUGGGCCUGAGCAGAUUUUAGCAGAUUCCUCUGUGUUUACCCGUUACAUGCAAACAGGGCUGGGCACAAACCUCAUUGGCCUUCCGUUGCGGUAUUUGCCACCUGGAAGUGUCUAUGACCUUCACAGGGACAUGACUGCCGGACAAGGACGAGAGAAGGUGAGCUUUAGCACAUUCAACAGGCACUGGAAGAAAUUUCAAGGCUGCCUGCGGUUCCGAAGCAAGGGCGACUUUGUGGAAUGCGAUUACUGUUCAGGCCUCAAAAGGGACAUCAAGAAUGCCAAGAAGCAAGGCUACUCUGAAUUGCUGGAUGCUACCAACAGUCUUCAACAGCACUACAGGCAGGAGCUUCGGGCAGUCUUGCGCCGGCCAGCUUUGAAGAAUUUUCUUUCUGGGGCGGAGCCUGUUGUGGAGGAGUCGGCUGUUCAGCGUGCAGUGCUGUACCUGAGGCAGCUUUCUCGGGGUCAGCGGGGCAACUCCCUGAGUUUUCCGCCUUUGCCGUGGAUGCACAGCUGUGUGGGGGAUGAGGGGCUGGCGCAGGGGGCUGACCAGUGGUUGCAGUUUUGUGACCGCCUUGUGGUGUCAGUCGCAACUUUAUACCGGGGCAAGCGUAGCGGUGACCUGAAGCCGGCGCUGCCCCUGCAAUUUUGGGCAGAGCCCCACGCCGGCAUCCUGCCCGACGCAGUUCUCACUAGCAUCGAUGACGUCCACGAUAUUUUCCAGCUGCCCAGGCACAUGGUUGCAGCGAUGAGCCAAAGCAUUGGCGCAGACAAAGUGAGGCGAGCCCUGCAGCGGCUGGAUCAUGUGACCCUUACAACAAGCUUCAGCGGAUGCGGCAUGGCUGAGACUGGCGUGGAGGCCCUGGCGGGGAUGCAUGGCUGCGCACUGCAGCUUGGGCCGGCUCUUGAUUGGGACUCCCAUUGCCAAGCAGUUCUUCACGCACGGUGGCCGGACCGGUGUGUCUUCAAUGACAUCCACGAGGACCCCCGCUACAAAUCCCACGAAGCAUGGAUCGCAAAGAUCAGAGCGGACCCCCCUGAUGUGCUGGUGUUUGAGAAUGUUGAGAGAUAUCCUCCAGAUCUUUUGGCUGCCGCGCUCGGGGACAUCUACCACUACUCAGAAUCCAACCUUGACCCGAGCGAGGUGUUUUCCUUGCCGAUGGCUCGGCCGCGGCUCUACCUGUUGCUAUGGCGCAAAAGUACUUGCAAGUGGGCAGGCCCCGAAGUCAACUCUUGGAUCGAGGCAAUGGCGGCAGUCAAGAUUGAACACAAAGGCCCGUUUGACCCGGAGAUUUUUGCGGCGGCGCCAGACAUGCAGUCCACGAGGCGCAUGACCAACUCCGAGGAGAAGCACUUCCGGCAGUAUGAGAACCUGAUUCAGCAGGGGCUGCUUCGCAAGACGCCUGUGGUUGACCUGAGGCAAUCCGAAGCAAGGCCCGUGACUGCGUUGGUCAACGGAUGCUUGCCGACUCUGAGAACCUCAAGUGGCAGCUUGUACCUGGUGCAACUCCAGCAGUUCCUGUCAGGCAAGCAACUCAUGAGAGCGCAAGGCUGGCCUGUACACCAAGAAGAUUCCGACGCCCUGGGUCUGGCCCACGUCGAGCUGCCAGCUAGUGUUGGCAAGACUGCUUUGGUGUCAAUGGCCGGGAAUGCUAUGUUCGGGGCCUGUCCUGUGCUCGCUGUCUUUGCGGCCCUGCUCUACAUCGAGAAGGCAGUGAUCAAGCUGGCCGAGAGUUUGAAAGACCAUCCUUGCCAGUGGGCCUUGGAGCACAGCUGUGUGGGGCAUGAGGCAGUGAUCAAGCUGGCCGAGAGUUUGAAAGACCAUCCUUGCCAGUGGGCCUUGGAGCAGUUCGGCGACACUGGCGAAGCAGUGGUGGACUGGCCGCGGCUGCCGCAAUGGAUGAACUGCUUGAAGGACAUUGUGACUGAGCCCCGCGGAUACGACAACCGGGAGUUUAUCAAGAUCACGUUGCACCCUGGAGACAAAGGUCAGGGUCAGUUUGCGUACUUGGCUGGGAAAGGCUUCUCGAGGAUCAGUGCCUUGCUCUUCGCCGUCAUGAAGGGGGCAGAUGCUGUUGAAGACACGGGCAGCCACGAGUCGCUCGACGCUUCCAGAAUGCAGGAGGGGACGAAGCUGUGGAUUCAGCUCCUUGGCUUGGAAUUUGGGUACAGUUGCAGCAGUUCUAUGAGGUUUCGCGGCCUGAUUUCCGGCGAGGUUUUGGCGUCGGACGUUUCCAGCAAGGGAUAUCCGGUUUUGGCGGUAUCAUUUUCCGGCGAGGUUUCGCGGCAAGUUUUCCGGUUUUUGCAGAGCGCUCGUCAAGUGUACACGUCCGUGGAGGCUGUAGAGUCCAGCCGAGAGCGCCUGUAUGAGGCCACCCUUCAGUCCCAGAUGCUGCAGGAAGAUUGCCCAGGGAAGGAUGUCAUGGACAACCUCACCCUUAUGCAGCAGCUCCUCGCGUCUGUUCUUGAGGAGUACGAUGGGAACUCAGCGUACAAGCUCUCCGCUGUGCAGAGGGAUGCGAUCAUGAACUGCAUUCUUCACAGCAGCCCUGCGUUUCUCCGUUCUGUGAGCAGGCUGCUGGACAUCGCCCCGGAGAAGGCAAACCCAUACAGGCUCAAGGUCCUCCAGACCAAGCGAUGGAUCAUUGGGGGCUCGAGCGGUAGAGCCAACGAUCAUUCCAUUUGGGGCCAAAUGCUUGUCAUGGACUCCGAGAAGCAGAAAAUCCUGGCGGAGGUUGUGAACCAUGAGGUUCUUCGCAAUUUGAAAGCUGGCCGGCAAAAGAACUUGACCCUGGACGAGUGGGCAGAGUUCUGCGAUUACUCGUGCUGGUGUGGCCAUGCCCUAGCCAACGCGGGAACACAGCCUGAUGCAGAGAGGGAUGCUUUGCGGAAGAGAUGCACAGAGGGGGACUUCCUGGCGACAUUCCGGGCCCAGAUUGCGGCCAGAAGCCCUGAUUGGACUUUGCAGGAGUGGCCGUGGCCGCAGUCAUUUGGCAAAGAAGGAGCGACAACCAACCCAAUGCAGCUCCGCCUUGACCUCAAUGCCAUCAAUGAGCAGCAGCAAGAAAGCCAGUUCAAAGCAGACAUGCUGUCUCUGAAUGCUGACUUGUGCAAGUACUGCCUGCACGUCCAGGAGCAGCAGAGCAACAGCAAAGCGCAGAAGAUCGCGCUGGCUGCGUGGGUGCGAAACCAAGUCCACUCAGCGAGGACCCAGGUCAUUGAACCGUUCAUGCAGAACAUGUGCAACAUCAAGGGCUGCGAGACGGGCGCGUCUCAGGUACAGGCGUGGUCGCGUUUUCUGCGGUGUGGCCCGGAUUCAUCAACAAACGGCGUUGUUCUCAAGAUCUUCUACUGUGACUGCAACAAGUUCGGGCGCAUGUCUGAUGACGCGGUGAGCAACAUGUUCGAUGUUGUGCAGCAGGCGGCCGCGCAGGACCCAACCAACUUUGCUGCCAUCAUCGUGCCGACCACGGUCGUGUCCAAGAAGCGGCUGACAGGAGAUCGAGCGGAGCGGGCACGCCUGGAGCUGAAGGCGGAGAACAAGGGCUUCAUCCCCAUCUUGGUGUCGUUGAGGAUGUCCGAGGUGUCCCUCCAUGGCAACGACAGCCGCCAAGUUUGCUAUGAUGCGUACGUUCUCAUCCCAGAAUCUGGUGAAGAUUCCAACCCCUUCACCACCAGCUUUCUGUUGCGCCGAAAGGCAACCAUGAAGGAAGCCGACUGGAUGAGCCCAUCUGACUACGUGCUCACAGCUGCGCAACCUGGCGCUCCAAGCUCCCCAGGCAACCUCAGUUUGGAGAAGCGAGCGGCGCACCUUCUUGCUGGAGAGAGCGUGCCGAUGGCCCUCUUCCAGGCUUUGCUUCACACCAGCGACAGCUCCCCCAAGCCGAUCCUCACCAAGCGAAGCGACGCAGUGGCGGUGUUCAAUUUCUGCCCUCACGAUGGCGGGCUGGAGCUGGGGUGCCUCAAGGCCAACAACAAGGGGCCAUCUUCUUGGCGAGUCUGCAGCCUGGGCUUGGACUUGCUCUCGGCUCAGGCCUGCCAGGGUCGUGUUGGCAAGGCUUUGCUGCUUGACUGGAAGGAGGCGUCCUUCAAACUGCAGCCGGAACCCUCGCUGAAGUUCCAAGCAAAGUUGCCGGACGCAGAGGCGAAGCGCUUCUCUGACCCCCCCAUGCCUGAGUUGACGUUGAUGACCGUCAGCACUGAGGGCAAAGCGGUUGUCCCCUCUCAAAUCCGAAAGAAGUGGUCUUCAGACCCAGUCUACGGCCCUGAGUGGCUUGCAGAGCUUCGUAAGUGCGAUGAGCUGGCGACAGGCAACGUGGAGACGACGGCGGCAGCGAUGGCUGCGGCCUCGUCAGGAUCAGGAUCUGCAGCCACCACCGUGGUCACCGCUGAGGAAACCGGCGCCGCCGGCGAGCUUCCUGCAGAGUGGGAGGCCCAGCCUGCGAGCCUGCUGGAUGGCCGAACGACCCACACAUGCGCCACAGAGAUCAAAGGCUUGAACUUGGUUAUGGACUUAGGCGACGGCGAGCUGGAUUCCCUCAAGGUCUACUUGCAAGCGCAGGAGUCCUUGACAGUGAAGGCCAAGGAAAAGGCGUUGUUCAAGAUGGGGGCAGCCGAUUGGUACAAACCCCCAAAGUCUACCAGACUGCUUGCCUCCGACAACGAGAAGCACUUGUACGUGUUUGAGCUCAACUCGGACACCGCCCUUGCAUCUUAG